GCUGUCAGUGUGCAGGUGCACUUUGACAGAAAGAUUUCUGGGAAAGUGCACAUGUGUGAUUCAUCCAAUUUCCGAAAUUCGAUCACCUGCCCGAGGCCAAACACGUAAAGUGGAUCGAAUGGGAGAAAUGCAAUUUAAAGUGUCUAGUGAUAGUAAUCCAAGAAUCAUUGAAUCUGUGAGACUAGUGAUAAGGGACAUUCGAACGUCCAUUAAUCGGCCUUCGACGCUCAAUUUACCAUAAACGAUCAAUGAACUUUCUCCACUGAAAAAAAAAACGGAGAUAAAUUACUGAAUAAGUCGAGUGGUCGAGAAGGAAACUCGAUUUACCGGACCUUAUCGACUGAUAGCGAGGAAAAAUUACGAGAAAUAGAGAAUUUUCCUUCGUUAACCCGGAAAAAAUUACCAAAACUGACGGUAAUUUUAAUCCAACUUUUCCCUCCGUGUAAUGCCCCUCGGAAUUAAUCACUUGUUCGUCUGACGACUUUACUAUGCGCAAACCUGACCUCAGGUUCAUUCGGCUAACCCGAUGGACAAUUCUGGUGCCACUCGUCAUCUACGUGUGCUUUGUCUACAUCAAGUACAAUAACUCCAUGAGACUGAAGAGCUCCAGAGGAGCUGAGGGUCACGGAAUCCAGGAGCUCGUCGCCGAGGUGGAUUCCGCCGUUAAAUUGACGAAUGACGAGAGGAGAAAUGAGGCUGGCAAGAGCGAUAACGGAAACGCACAGGUGAUUCGCGAUAUCGAGGAUAUGGAGAAUAAGGAGCAUCCGAAAUUGCUCCUGGAGGACGUCUUCAGGCGAGCGGAUACCGAUGAGAAUCAGGAACUGAGUAUUCAGGAGUUGUCCAAGUGGAUUCAUGCGAAAAUUAUUGAUCACAUUAAUCGGGCUAUGCGGGAAAAUGUGGGGCUGUUUACGGCGAUCGAUGAUGAUCCCAGAAAUGGGGAAAUCUCGUGGGAGGAAUAUCACGCCUUUUUCCUCCGAUCUCAUGGCUUUUCCGAGGAAUAUAUUAGCUCGCAUGACAAGAAGCAUUCGCAACUACCGAGAUCGCUGAAAGAAAGUAUUAUGAGGGAUAGAGCGAGGUGGAUUGAAGCAGCAAGAACUGAUCCUGAAAAGCUGGCACUCGAUGAAUUUCUCGCUUUCACUCAUCCCGAGAGCAGCCAUCGGGCAUUACUGCAGAUGGUCGAGGAUUUAUUCGAAAAGUUCGAUCGCGACGGGGACGAGCAGUUGACUGAAAAUGAAUUUGCUGAUUUACCGUCGGACGGAAUCGGCGGGGAAUUUCACGAGAAUCAGAAGAUCAAACCCGUCGGGGGAAGUGAGGACCGGAGACAGGAGUUUCGACAUCUCAUCGAUAAAAAUAAAGAUGGACAAGCGGACAGAACCGAACUUCUGAUGUACAUUGAUCCAAGAAAUCCAAGACAUGCGAUUCAGGAGGCGCAACAUUUAAUCGAAGUCUCUGAUAUUAAUCAUGACAGAAUGCUGAGUUUGUCGGAGGUGUUGAGUAAAAUGGAUUUAUUCCUCGACAGCAAAAUGGUCGACACUGAGAAGAGUUUCCACGACGAAUUUCGAUGAGACAUGAUCAAAUAAAAUCAGUCGGGAGCGUGAAAAACUUUUUCUAGGAUUUUUCGUGGGGGGAAUGUCAAUGGGAACUGAAUAUUUUCGGGUGAAGAGAUGAAACGAGUUGAGUAGAUUCAGCUUGAGGAUAAGUUUUCCAGAAAAAUUAGCGUAUGCUAAAGUGAUGGUGAAAUACUUCUGCACAACGAGUUCUGAACUGCGAAAGAAGGGGUUUUACGUUAUCCUUGAAUUUAAAGAUGUGGAGAAGGUCGAGGUAUAUAAACGAAAGACGUAAUAAAAUGUGUCUAGAUUUUUCAAAAAAAUCAUUUUGAAACUCUAUUGGAAUUUGGCAAAAAAUCUAAAUUUUGUUCGAAGAUUCUUUGUAGAUGUUAUUAUUAUUUUUAUUAUUAUUAAGUUGAGGCCUCUGAGAGGUAAUGAGAGAUUGAUUACAGUGAGGGGCAAAUGACAAAGGCCUUUGCACUUACAAUUGAAUAAAAAUAAAAUGGAAAAAAUUUUAAAAAAUAUUUUCGAAUCGAAUAUACUUUAUAUUUAAUUGAAGUAUGUUCGGUCUUCUAGGGAAAAAAACUUGAAAAAUGUGAAGAUGCCGGUAAUAACCCUUUAACUAUUCUCUUCAUUCGUUAAUAUUUGGAAAAUAACAAAUUAAAUAGGGACUCACUACUCGGGCAAUAUUGAAAAUAUUUCUUUGAUUUGCACUUGUGUUCCCCUGACGAAUCUCGUUUCACCCACUUCAGCCCAUUCCAGAUUUUGAGCUUUUUUAAAAACAUGUCUGUGAUAAUUUCUACUUAAUUUAAAGUAGACAAUUAAGUUGUAUUCAGCGAAAAAUCACAUGCUCGAUAGUACUAUCACUAAAAAAUAUUGGAACCUCUACUUAAUAUUAAUAUCUGCCUACGAUAAUUAAUGCUCGUAUACAUUAAAAUGUAGACCAUCCAAAUGGGAUUGAUUGAUAACGCAAUAAAUGUUUGCAUACUUUAUUUA